CCCCGACUGGCAAGUAUGUGAGCUGCAGAACCUGCCAAAUUCUCACGCCUUAGCUCUCUCUCCCUACACCUCCCAAAAGGCUUUGAGGAGGUGGUGUUGGAAUGCCUGUGCCACCGUUGCCAGGGCGACGACUUGGUUACUUCCGUUGGUCUCAAUGCUUCCGGGUUGGCAUUGCGGUGGCGUUUCCGACUGUGGGAGCCUCGGCUUCCCAGUCGUCCGAUGAGCCGGAGCAGCACCAGAAAAGUACCACUGUAAGCCAUGAGAUGUCUGGUCUGAAUUGGAAACCCUUUGUAUAUGGCGGCCUUGCCUCUAUUGUUGCUGAGUUUGGAACGUUCCCUGUGGACCUGACCAAAACACGACUUCAAGUUCAAGGCCAAAGCAUUGAUGUUCGCUUUAAAGAGAUAAAAUACCGGGGAAUGUUUCAUGCCUUGUUCCGCAUCUAUAAAGAAGAAGGUGUAUUGGCUCUGUAUUCUGGAAUUGCCCCUGCCUUACUAAGACAGGCAUCAUAUGGCACCAUUAAAAUUGGCAUUUACCAAAGCUUGAAGAGGUUAUUUGUAGAACGUUUAGAAGAUGAAACUCUUCUAAUUAAUAUGAUCUGUGGGGUAGUGUCAGGAGUGAUAUCUUCCACUAUAGCCAAUCCCACUGAUGUACUAAAGAUUCGAAUGCAAGCUCAGGGGAGCUUGUUCCAAGGCAGCAUGAUUGGCAGCUUCAUCGAUAUAUACCAGCAAGAAGGUACCAGGGGUCUGUGGAGGGGUGUCGUCCCAACUGCUCAGCGGGCUGCCAUCGUUGUGGGCGUAGAGCUACCAGUCUAUGAUAUUACAAAGAAGCACUUAAUCUUGUCAGGGGUGAUGGGAGACACGAUUUUAACUCACUUUGUUUCCAGCUUUACAUGUGGGUUGGCUGGGGCUCUGGCUUCCAAUCCCGUUGAUGUGGUGCGAACUCGCAUGAUGAACCAGAGAGCAAUUGUGGGACAUGUGGACCUCUACAAGGGUACUUUGGAUGGAAUUUUAAAGAUGUGGAAACACGAGGGAUUUUUUGCACUCUAUAAAGGAUUUUGGCCAAACUGGCUUCGACUUGGACCCUGGAACAUCAUUUUUUUUAUUACAUACGAGCAGCUCAAGAGGCUUCAGAUCUAAGGACUGAAUUAAAUGUGAGCCAAGCCCUGCCAGCCUUUCUACUCUUUUCCCUUUUUCUGUGUUCUAAUGUAUUUUGACAAAGUUGUGUUUACUGAACCACUGGUCUCCUAGGAACCUCCUGGUGGAAGAACUAUAGGAUGGUUCAGAAUUGUUCAUGUGUUUGUGUUACCAUGUUAACUUUUCCCUGAGAGGAAGUGUUAACAUUGAGACUCUGGCCCCAGAUUGGUAUCUUCUGUGAAGAUGGAUACUGAUGGAUGACAUUCAACAUGGCCUUCUUUUCAAAUGUUGGUUAAAUGUAGUUGGUUAGCCCCAGACUUGGGCUAUAGCAGAAGGCAUAGGCCAGGGCAGUUACUGCUAUGUAUGUUUCAGACCUCGGUUCUCAUUAAAGUAUUUAUUGGCAGAA